UCGCAAACGGCGUUGCGGCAACGGGAAUGCGUCGAACUCGUGUUCGAUCAAUUCGGUAGCCUAACCUCACAACAGUGUGUGCAAUGCUAUUUCGUUUAUCAUCUCGCGAGACCAAGCCGAUCGUCGCGUACGAUCGUUUCCUUCGAUCGGGAUGCGAAUCUCGCGUCCGUACCGCGGAUGUACGUCCAAGAAAAUACGAAAGAAGCGCGCUCCGUUAGUGUUUACAUAUCGACGAAUUAACCUUAUUAUCGCGUUCACGCGCGUUAUGACGUAGAGUGAUUGCGGACGGCCGAGAGUCUAAUAUAUCAUGAGCAAGCUUAGAUUAGGGUCAGAUUAUAUCCCCUUGACCACGGAGGAGGAUAUGUCCAAGAUCCGCGUCGUCGUACCGUUUUCCAAAGUGGCAUGGCUUACCGUGUCACUGCCGUUCCUGGCGUUUGUCUUUUGCGUCGCCUGGUCGGUCCUAUAUAAUUUCGAACAUUCUACCUCCACUCAUUGCCAGGUGUAUAAUUUUUUACCAUCUGUCUCGGCGGCCAUUGGUCAUUACAGGCCUCAAAGAGACGUCUGGAAAACUGCCAUAGCGCUGCAAGCAAUAGUGAGAACUUUAGUAUUUAUGAUGUACUAUCGUUACUAUAAAGAACAUGUUUACAUAUGGGCGCGAUAUUUAAGCAAUGUUGCGCUUGUUAUGUAUGCCAUUGAAAAUACAUCUCUCGUGACACUGAGCUUUUGGACUUCCGAUGAGAAUUACACAUUUCAUAAAAUGUCUUUCGUAAUGUUCUUGUUAACAUCUUUUAUACACAUGUUCUUAGCGUAUUAUAUUAUGAGGAGUUGUCUGAAUAUUGCCAAAGACUUUCAUGAUACUUCUUUGAAAUGGAAACGGAGAUCAAUGAUGUUAAAUGUAUUUUCUAUAUCAAUAGCAUGUUACUUCUUUUAUAGGCAUAAUAAAUAUUGUGAACCUUUAGUAUAUUCUAUGUUUGCUUUGAGUGAAUAUGGAGUUGUAAUCUCAAAUAUGGGAUAUCAUCUAACUGCAGCAUUGGAUUUUGCCACAACAUGUGUUAUGAUAUCAGGAAAUAGACUCAGAAUUAUCUAAAAUCUUUUGAUUUGCAGUUUGAGAUUAUAGUAUUACUAUAUAUAUAUUUGAUCUUUAUUGUAUAUUACUGUACAUAUCGUUUCAAUCUAAAGUCUUUAUAUUAUUCUCAACUUCCAUAUUAGAAAAUUAUUUAUUAGAUAAUUUACAUCAAAGAGAAUUUAUAUAUUGACUGUAAUUCUUCAAGCGAGCAUGAAUGUAUUGCAAAUAUUAAUAUCAGAGGCAUACAUCAAAAUUUGUAUAGAAAUAAAUUUCUUAUAAUGCUUUAGAUAAUGCUAGAAAUGAUAAGUACAGAAUCUUGUAUAUUUGCUCCUUUUUGCUAUUAUCUUUUAUUACGACUAUCAUCCUUUAUUAUUUAUCACAAUGUAUAUAAAGAAAUAUAUAAAAAUA